CCCACUCCCCUGUCGCCUCCUUCCUGUGGGAGGGCGCUCUCUGCUCACUUCUCGUGUGCCGCGCGGGUCUGAUGAUCGAAGCGUGAGCUCUCCCCCAGUUCUCCCAGUUCACCUCCCCCGCGCCGACAGCACCUCCCACCCGCGUCCCAGCAGACAUGGACUUCUCCAUUCGAGCAGCAAACGUGGAGGACUGCAAGGACAUCGCGCGGAUGAUCGUGGAAUUAGCAGAUUAUGAGAAGGUGACUGAUCAUGUGAAGAUCACCCAGAGAGAUUUGGAACAAGAUGGUUUCUCCAAGAACCCCUUUUUUCACGGGAUCAUUGCUGAGGUGCCGGAACAACUCAGAACCAAAGACGGUCACACAAAGGUCGGCUACGCGCUGUACUUCUAUUCCUACAGCUCGUGGGCUGGCAGAGCCAUUUACAUGGAGGACUUGUACGUGAUGCCAGAGUUUCGAGGGAAGGGCAUCGGGAAAGCGCUCAUGAGCAAAGUAGCCCAGCUGGGCCUCGCUGCCGGUUGCAACCAGCUCAACUUCACCGUCCUGGAUUGGAACAAAUCGUCUCGGGACUUCUACAUGAGCCAAGGCUGCUGUGACGUCACCACUAGCAUGGGCUAUCACUGCAUGCGCUGCGAGGGUGAGGCGCUGCAGCACCUGGCGCAGCCCUAAUCCAACAUGCCGCCUUUUUACACACAGGAGCUGGGGAAGAGGGGGGGUCUCCAUAAGUUACUAACUGUAAAGCGAAAUAGCCAUCCUGAAACCUGUGACAGAUUUUGUUCUAUUUGACUAGACUGAAUUCCUCUGUACUGGCACUUUUGUUCACCCCCAAUCCUUUAACCUUGUUGACCUCACUGGGUGUUGAACUUUUGUCUUCCCUUGUGGACAAACGAGUGAUCUGCACAAACACAAACGUCACCAAUUAAAGACAGCAAGCACCAUCAUGGCACAACGUUUUACACUAAACUUUAACCGCUUUUUACUUUGCAGAAAAACAAACAAGAAAAAACCCAUGGACUGUAUGUGAGACCUGGACUGAGUGAGUGUGUCGUCACCCAUAGAUAAGGACUUACCUCUAGUUCUAACCAAAUAAAGUCAAUUCAGUGGCUAUUUUGUCACAACACAGAUGCCACCAUGUUGGAGUGAGGUGUCGUCAGUAAGCAAUGAUUGAUCCAAGUCAGUUUGAGUUUCUAUGGCAACCACUCUCCCCAUCAAUCAGAAGUGAGCUAGUUGAAAGCUGGUUCAAGAGAAUCUGUCAAAUAUUUUGAACAUUUGACGUGACACCACCUACUUUCAUUGAGGCUUUUGACUGGUCAGGUUUUUUUUAACUUAAAUAACGUAAAAUAAAGACAAAAAAAA